AUAAAAUCAUAGUUGCUUCCCCUUGCGAAUUUUGAUGAUGAGGGCCUUUGUGAUAUUGAAGAGUUGGAAUCCACCAAGGAAUAUUCCAAAUUGUCGAAAACACUCCUGGAAGUGAUUUCAGAUAAAAGUGCUCUUGGAUAUUUUAUUCAAUAUAUGGAGUCCAGAAAUGCAUCACCAUAUAUUCUUUGCUGGCUGGAUAUAGAAACUUUCAAAUCCAAUGUGCAAUGCUACGAUAUUGUAGUGAAAAAACAUCAAAAUUCUGCUGGUUCCAAUAGAGACACUGAUCAUGAUAGUUUAUCCGUUAGUACCGAUUGUGACUCAUAUACAGCAGACUCUAGUAGCCUUUAUGACUAUUCGACUAAUAAUCUAUCUGAGGUUAGGACAUCUUAUGACGGUGUAUGUGAUAAAGACUUAAGUGAUAGUAGCAUUAAGUUUAAAAGUAUGAGUGAUGAUUCAAGUGUCAACGAAAAAAAAAGUGUACAAAAUUUAGUUAAUAAUGCUUUGGUAAUAUUCAAAAAAUAUAUAGCACAAGAGGCACAAUGUAGUAUAAGAUGUUCAGAAGAAAUGAGGAAAGAAAUCAUGGAAAACAUUUGUAAUACAGAUAAAGUUCUGUUGGGAAACUGUUUUGACUCUGUUCAAAGUUUUGUGCAAAAUAUAAUGGAAACAGAAUAUUGUUCUGCAUUCCUAGGAACUGAUUACUUCUGCAAGCAUCAAAUUGAUGUAUUAACAAGUGGAAAUGUUAAUUUAGAUGAUAUUCUAUACAAUGAAACAGCUUUAUUUUAUUUCAUGGAAUAUUUGGAACAAGAGAAUCAGAGGAAUUUACUUGACUUUUGGAUAGCUGCCUCAAACUUUCAACAACAAUUGAGGGACCAAAAGGAUUUUUUUGACCCUAUAGAGGCCCAGAAUGAUGCUGUAGUUUUGUAUGACAAAUAUUUUUCUCUACAGGCACUUUCUCCAUUAGGAUUCAGUGACAAAGUGAGGUUUGCUGUUGAACAAAGUAUUUGUGGUGAAAAUGGCUUGAUAUUGGAUUGCUUUCACCUGCCAUUGAAAAUUGUAGAAAGAUUUAUUGACAAAAAUCAUUUGAAAAACUUCUUAGCUUCCCAGCUUUUUUACAAGUACCUUUCUGAUUUAAUUAAUACUGUUCAAUGCAAUGGUUAUUCAACACUAAUUGAAAAGAGAAAUUCUCCUUCUGACUGCAGCAGUGAAAAAAGUUUCAGUCAGUACCCAUUUUUGGCAUUAGAAGUACCACAAAGCAACUUUAGGAGAACUGAAAAAAAUUCAGGCAUGACCAUAGAUACAAGAGAGCUCAAUGAUCCAAACUCUCUAUGGCGUCGCAAAAAAUUUCAAAGGUUGUCUCUUGGCCGUGUUGAUGAGUUAGGGAAGUACGAAGCAGAAUUUGAACCUGAACCGGACAGAAAGGAAUUCAAGUUGAAAAAUGUUCUCAAGAAAGUUGUGACCUUAGACUCAGACGAGGUGAACAGAAAAAAAGAAGAAAUGGCCUGGCAAGUAGCUGAAAUGAUUGUAAAAGAUAUAACAAGGGUUACUUUGAGUAAUCAUGAAUCAUGAGGUUAUGGCCAAUUUUUUUUUAAAUAAAUACUAGGAAGCAAAUGUGACAAUAGGUAGUAUUGAAACUAUUUUAUUCUCAAAGUAAAAACAGUUAAUUAACUGCUGAAAUGGUACGAUUUUGAACAUUUCUUCCUUUUGUGAUUUCAUUUGAAUUCGUUUUCAACCAUAAUUGAAGUAUUUUCAUUUCACAGAUGCUCAAUGAGAAUAUUCUAAGAUCUUAUGACAAAUUAUUUUAGGCAACUCAAACAAUAUUGAUGUUAGUGAAAUCGAGAGACUGAGUUGUAUGUGGUUAUUUCAUUAUUGUGCAGCAUACAUUUGCAAAAAAAUUAUAAUUUUUAUCCUUUAUGAAAUACAAAUUUCUACAAAAUAAAUAGGUCAUCAAUCGAAUACGUUAGACUUAACAUUUUUUUUUUUAAAUAUAUACUGGGCAUUGAAGAAAUAAUGCAAACACCUUCUCAGACUCUCAGUUUAAGAUUUACGAACAUUUAUAUAGUGUUUUGUAUUUCAAAUUGCCUCAAAUACCUACUAAAAAUGCAUCAUCAGCUUAUGGAUAAUGAAGUUCUGCACAAUUAAUUCUUUCACUUCCCAAAAGCUGAAUAUGAGGGCGGUCCCGAAAAACGGGAAUUUCGUCAUAAAUUUUUUGUUUCUCAAUAUUUUCACAACAAAGUAUUCCCCUUAAUGCACUUUUCUGACCACUUCUCCAAUAAUUCAAAACAGUUUCUCAAUUCACUUAUAUGGAUGUCCCGAUGGUCAAAAAUAACUUCACAGAGAGCAGUGUGGGCAGACUUGUUGUAAUCUUUUUAAAACCUUUAAGUAGAAAUUCUUUGAAUAGUAUGACCUUGGGGAAUGAACUUCGCUUGCAAAACAUCUUUACAAUUAAAGAAACAAAUGAGCAUUGUCUUUAUUUUUGACUUCAGUUGGCGAGCUCUUUCGGGAUGAGAUACAAGGUGUCUUCCACAGGUUUGAUUUCUUUUUAUUUCGAAGUCGUAUCCACCAUGAUUCAUCACCAGUAAUUCAGGGUCCUCUUGGAGGUGAUUUCACAACUCUAAAUUUUGUUCGUCUGUGAGAAGGCGAGAGUCAAAUUUGACUGGAACUGAAUUGACUUCUUACAGCAUUGAUCGAUGAUUCGGCGACGGUCUUCACAAACGAAGGCAUUGGUUUUGUUAACGUUUUCAUCAGUUCUUGACAUUGAGGGGCGUCAUGUAUGUGGUAGGUCUUCAAUUGAUAGUUCUCCAUUUUUAAAACAUGAAAACCACUUGUAGACUCUAGUUAUACUCAGGGUAGCAUCCCCAUAAGCGGGCUUGAGCAUUUGAAUAGUUGAAGUCACCGAUUUCUUCUACAGGAAACAAAAUGUCACUGUUGCGUGUUGUUCUCGACAAUUUGAAAUUACUUUUUCACAGGCGAACCGAUGCACUCAAGCGAAAUAACUUUGUACACUUACUCAGAGGUGAUGACCCUACUAGAUAUCAGGUCGAAUAAUGCGUUUCCCCAUUCUCACUCCAAUUCAAGUUUUUUUGGGUCCGCCCUUAUAGCUCUCACUAUUUGUUUCGUAAAUUAAUCUAGUCUCUGCCAGUUUAGGUUUGCAUACUUGUGAAAUUGAAACUAAGCGUUUCACUAAGUAGUAACCUGGAUAAUAAUAGCAAAAAGAGAAAAUACCUGAAGUUCUGCAAAACAUUAGUGAAAAAGGCGAAUCUGUAAGUUUUAGUAACAUUUGUUUAUAUAUAUAUGUAUAGUUGGAGAAUGAUGAAAUUGUUUUGCAUGAAAUAUGUAAUAGGAAUCUAUAGCAUUUGAUUAAGAACUCAAAUUUUAAUUAUUUCAGUUACAACAUAGUAACUUCCAAAUGUGCCAUUUGAAGAAAUUGAAAAUUAUUUUUUUCAUUUUUGAUGUUGAUUCUUUAAAAAAAUGUUUAUACUGAUUUUUAUUUGUUAAUUUUAUUUAUAUACACUGAAAACCUAGUCAGAUCCUAACAUGGAAUUGAAAAUGUUCCACAAAAAUGGCAAAAAUUAUACCUAUUCAAAGGUUAUUUUAAUGGUACCCUCAAGUUAUCUACAGUAGACCUAUUUCAUUUUACUCAGCUUAUUCAACACAAUAACUCCAACGCAUAAUAGACAAUAACUUGAUAGAUCCUUAUAAAUAAUCUUUGCUUUGAUUUUUGUACAACAUAUU